AUGGAUGAACAACCAAUAAUUGUUGAAAAUGUUGUUGGCAGACAUGAUAGUGGUAAAUUUCUUGAAUAUGAUUGCAAAAAAUCACCAAAUUAUGUCACAAAUUUGGUGAAAUAUUCUUUGUUACUUGGAGCUGAAAAAGUCUUAUUGGGCCGAAAAACUCAAGAAGCAUUUUCAAGCUCUAGCUUAAGUUCAUGGACCGAUGAGGUGACCGCUUGCGAAAAAAGGAGAAGCAAAGGAAAAUCAGUCCUUCUCGAUGACAAAUUAGCAUGUGGAACGUCUAGGAACUUUGGUAUCGAGACAAGUAAAGAGCAUUUUAAUUCGUUCGAUUUCACUUCAUUUUUAGCAAUAACAAUGCUCAAACUUUUCGGAAUUCAAAUGAAUAUCCUAGUAAAACUUUUCACAUUUCCAAUUUUCUUGAUGAACUUUUGGAUAAUGGUAUUGACAUUACCAUUUAACACACUAACCUAUGCCAAAAACAAUUUUAAAAAGCAACUAAUUAAUCUUGGUACAAAAUCUUGGUCAAAAAUGAUGUCUUUUGUAUUCAACCAAAUUAAGGCCCAAAAAUCUUUGUUAAAGUUGUCAGUAAGGUUUUGUUGGGCUUUGUUUUGGGCUGCUUAUGUUUGUUUUCUGCUAGUUGGGCUUUUGGUAAUGGGCUUUGUAGUAAGUGGGCUUACUUUGAGACGUUUAUUGGAAGAACCAAUUGAGACUACAAAGGCCUUGAAUUUUGAUUAUACAAAAACAAGCCCAGUUGCUUUUGCACCUUUUGCAUCUAAUGGGCUUUCUAAUCCAUUGAUUUCAAAGCCCAAAAUUGAAGACAGGCCCAUACCAUAUAAUCACAAGUUGCAGCUUACUGUUUCAUUAGCCAUGCCAGAAUCUGAGUACAACAGGAAGCUUGGGAUUUUCCAGGUAAGGGUGGACUGUUUAUCAUCAAAUGGCAAAGUAACAGCAACUUCAAGCUAUCCAAGCAUGUUGAAAUUCAAAUCACAACCAAUUCGAUUAGUCGAAACAGCAAUCAAAUCAAUUCCACUUGUUACUGGAUUUCAAUCAGAAGUACAAAAUCUUAAACUUGUUAUAAAUGAUUUCACAGAAGGUUUUGAGCCAACAGCAUGUUUUAAAGUUGUUAUUGAAAAAAGAGCAGAGUAUCAACCAGAAGGUGCUGGUAUACCAGAAAUUUAUUCAGCAACAUUACAUGUGGAAACAGAGUUGCCACAAAUUAAAAAAAUCAUAUGGAUUUGGAGAAGAACUGUUUUUGUGUGGAUUGGGAUUUUCGCCUUUCUGAGUCAACUGAGUUUUUCUUUGAUAUUUUGUCGAACCUUGAUUUUACCUGGAAGAAGGAUUAUGAGUGUUCUUGGAAAUAAAAAAAAUGUCCAAAAGAACAAAAUUUCAUGGUAG